AAACUUGUUACAAAUGACGUGUUUAUGGGUGUAAAAUCUGUAAAUAUUUAAAGUUUUGCGUUAUAACUUUUACAAUAAAUUACAUACACAAUGACGUGAAUUUCUCAUCUUUAAAAUAGUUCAGAAUUAGUUUUCGCGUUUUUUUUUUUUUUUUUUUUUUUUUUAAAUUAUGGGGCUGUGCAAAUGUCCGAAGAAAAAAGUGACAAAUCAAUUUUGUUUCGAACAUCGCGUGAAUGUUUGUGAACAUUGCAUGGUCUCAAAUCAUUCUAAGUGUGUUGUUCAGUCAUAUCUUCAGUGGCUGCAAGACAGUGACUAUGAUCCUAAUUGCCAUAUCUGCAGGACUGAAUUGUCUGAAGGAGACUGCAUUAGGCUGACAUGUUAUCAUGUUUUCCACUGGGAAUGUUUGAAUAAAUAUGCUCAUAGUCUACCUCCACAGACACCUCCCGAGGGAUAUACUUGCCCAAUAUGUCAUGUUUGCAUCUUUCCUCAACCAAACGUAGUCUCUCCAGUAAGUGAAGCAUUGAAAAAUGCUUUACUUGGUGUAAAUUGGGCAAGAAUAGGAUUAGGCUAUCCUGCUAUUGAAAGCAGUUUAGUGAAAGAUAAUCAAGCAAAUAAUAUUCAGCCAUCUCCUUUAAGAUCUCCUAGCUCCCUGCCUUUUGAAAAAAUUAGUAAACCUGCUCCUAUUAAUAUUAAUUCUGCUUCAGGUCAUUUAGAAAUGAAUAGUACGAGGCCUGAAACAUAUGGAGCUUCUUAUACAACUGCAUAUACUACACCACGAAAACUAUAUGAUGCAACAGAACAUGGACACUUCAGGCCAUCAAUGGUGGACCACGAUGAAGAUAAAUAUAAAAGGCGUUCAGCUUUAGAAUGGUUUGGAAGAUGGUUUAGGUCCAGAACAACUCAUGGCAAGCAUCGGAGAAGGGACACAAAUGUGUUUUAUAAGCGAUGGGUUAUUGUGCUUCUUCUCUGCCUAAUUGCAUUGUGUACUUUAUGCAUAUUGUUCUUAAAAUUAGGUCGAGCAAAUGCAGAUUCAGACCCACUUUUAGAUCCUCGUUUAAAUCCAAAUAUACGAGUAGAAGAAAAUGCAGAGGAAAUGCAUUCAGUUGCAGGCAAUCUUGAACCAAAACUCAUAGCUAAGAAUAGUCUGCAAGAAAAUAUGAAGGAGUUAUUACCUGCUUAGUUGGACAUAUAUUACUAAAUAUAGAAAACAAAAUGUAAUAUAUAUGCAUAUUGAAUAUGUGUGAUAUAAAAUUGAAAGUUGUGCACUUUUUUAUCUGUAAAAAAUUGUGUUUUGAAUAUAUGACUCAAUAUAAAUAUUUGAAAGCUGAAAUAUGAGGAAGACUUGCUUUCGUAUGUUUAAAGGUAUCUCCGAAAUUAUCAGAUAUCUUUAUAAAUAAGGAUUGCUUCUUUUUCAGUUAUUGAAUUAAUUUUGUGUAGUCUUAGCUAUUUUCUUUUGACAGUUUUAUUUUGUAAACAUUUUCUGAGGAAAUUUAUAAAUUGCUAUUUAAAUCACAUGGUUUACUUUUUGUAAUAAACCAUGUUUAUUUUUUAUAAUGAAAGUAAUCUUAGUGUUUUGAAGAUAACUCAUUCCAUUCUGUUACAGUUUUCCUGAAAAACAUUCAUUAAAAAAAAAAAAAUAAAUAAAUAAAAAUAAAAGUUAAAGUACAUAUAACCUACAAUAAAUUAUGUUUUCAAAAUAAUAUGGAAUUUGUUUGUAAUUUGAUAAAUAAAGAGAUACCAAAUUAAAGUGUAACAUUUUAUAUUUUUUAUAGCCACGGCUUUUUGAAAUUUAUAAUGUGGUUGCUCACAUUUUAUUUCAGGGAAAUAUGUUUGAUAAUUUCUUUUAAUUAUCAUUAUUAAUGCUUUCUAGUUCAAUGGAAUUCUCAUGUUUCUAUUUUAGGUAGUUUUUAUUAUUACAGUACAAAGUCUGAAAUCUGGAUGUCCGAUAUCUGGAAUGAUCUAAAAUCUGGGUCUCCAGCAAGCAUCCUUUUUUUUGGGGGGGGGCAUACUUUACGCGUGCACAUUUGAUAUUCUUUAUAAUAAAACAUGUGGAGAGGACUGGUAUUUAAUUUCGCUCUAGUACUAAAUAAAAUACCUCUUGAAUUAAAAAAAAAAAAAAAUUUAUUAUAACAUCUAUUGAACAUUUACAUUCCUGAUGCCAACUGGCAAAUCAUUAUUUAUUAUUUUUUGCUUUCAUCAUGGCGUGGCGAACAUCACAUGGUAACUUGAGAAAUUACUCGUGCAGCAAUAUCUAAAUAAUUUUUUAAUUUAAGGGAGGCAAACAUUUUAGAAUUUAGAGAAACAGCAAGCAACAAUAUUAAGGAAUAAUAGCAGUCUUUAGAAUUUAGGGAAGAAACUUGGACACUUUUUUUUUUUUAUUUAUUUAGCUAGGUGCUUGGAAGCAGAAUAUAGAGUGAGAAGAGAUUGAACUGGGCUGCACAAUGUGGCAGUAAGCCUUAAGUAAAUAUGCCAUUUAUUUAUUCAGGACUCGGAUAAGCCUUAAGGAUGUGUGAGAAGUAGGCAUAAGUGUAAUAAAUAAAUAAACUAACAUAAUUCUGGCUUAACUUUUUCAGGUUGUAAUAGAAGCAAGGCAAAAUUGAAUGGAACAACAUGUCGUUAGUUAAGAAUUUCAUGAUACAUUGCCAAUAGUAUAUAGUGGACGCUUGCUAAACGUUUCUAAACACUUGCUAAAUGUUUAAGGUUUUAGCAUAUUUAAAAAAAAAAAAAGAAAGAAAGAAAGAAAUUUUCUGGUUAAUGGAAUUUGUGAAAAAGUGUUUAUAAAUAAAGAAUAUAUAGCAGAAUUUUUUCAUUGCAAUGGCAAUACCCAAAUCAUCAGUCAACUAAUGAAUGAGGGAAAUCUAUAGUAUGGUUUUAAAUCCAGAAAAUAUUGCUAUCGAUAGUGAAGAAGUUGGCAGAGAAUUUGAGAACAGAAAAAUUUCAAAUGGCAUUUUAAUAGGAAUUCUUAACUAGGCGAUUACAGGACUUGAAUUAGGGAAACACACGCACUAACAGUAAAAACAAAGCAUUAAAAAUUUAUUAUUAUACUUUUAUUACCACUAAAAACAAAUCACUUUAACGACUGCAUUGAAAGAAAUGUUUGGAGGAAAAAUAUAAAUAAUGAGCUUUUUUAUAAAUUUGGCUCCCUAAUUGUCAUAUAGGCUUCAUUAUGCUUACUAGAUUUGAAGUGAUGAUCUAAUAUCUGGAAAAAUCCAGAAUCACGCAAGUCCGGAUCUUGGGCUUUGCACUGUAGAUAUAAUUUUUGUAUCAAAAGUAACUCCUAAAUUAGAAACAGCAUUUAUUAGAUAAAAAUAGAUCUAAGUUCUCUUAAAUAUUUUGGUUGUUUUGUUAUUACAUUGCUUUUAUAGAUAAAGGGGAAGUCUAAUUUUAAUGGACAUAUUUAUUUUUUUAAUAUUUUUUAAAGCAUUGUUGAAGGUUAGCUUUUGAGCAGGUUCAGAAUUAUAUUGUGCUCAUAUUUAUUAUUUGUACUUUGUUACCCACAGUUCAAUGUACAGUUAAAUAAUUUUUUCACUUUGUUUUAGUAUCCAUUGUUAUAAGUAAAAAAUACUCUGUAUAAAAUAUUUAAUAAGGAAUUAUUAAAUUUUUUGUUGCAGUUUUCAUGUUGAUUGGUGGAUUUAGUUUUUAACCACCAUUACAUGUUAGGGAUGAUAAAAUUUAAACAUGUUGUUUCUAAUGAAUUAUUGUAUUUUUAUCUGAGGACACAACAAAGUCAGACAGACUCAUUAAUUUUGUCCAAAUUCUGCAUAAAUAUAAGAAAAUCUGAGCAAUAUGCAUAUUUAAGUGUUUUCAACUCCCUAAUGGCAUUGCAUUUUUGCAUUAAAGUUUGUAGGUAGCUUAAAGGAAACCUUUUUAGUCCAAAGGGGCUUUGUCCCUGAGGGACUAUUGUUUUUGUUUUGAGAUGUUGUGUCAAAUCGCUCUGAACGUCCAUUUUACUUUUCAGACUGUUGCCACCAAAUAUUAUUGCCCUGUAUUAUAUUUUAAGAAAUUAAAUAAUGAAGAAUCUGCAUAAAUGUA